AUGCCUAUAGCUCCAUGGCUCUGUGAAGAGACGAUUCGACUGCAUUCAUCAUCUUUAAACGCUCACCACGAUCCUGUGUUGUUCUGGGUUUCGCAGGCUCCUUCGCCUCCACCAUCAAUCGCAUCCCACGGGAAACUGAAGAGAUCAUACAGCAAACAUAUCGCGACCGUGGUAAUGAAGUCUAUCGACGACGCUACCGCGACUCCUCCGAAUGAACUGGAAGAGAUAGUUGUACAAUUAAGACGGAUAGGCCGAGGACUUGGGGUUAUAUCACGGUCUGAAAAGAUUGAGGAUGCUAUGGCUUCCAUGUCAUCGGAUAGAUCGUUUCGCCAGAUAUACACCGACGAACUAGCAUUCGUGGAUGAUAUAGAUCGAGCAUCCCUCGGACCAUGUCCACACCCACGAGAAGUCGCCAAAGCAGUCAGCCUUGCCACAGAAUGCGAGUCGAAUGAACAUAGCGAAGCAUCUUGGAACGGCAGAGUGCAUACAUACCUCUUAGACCUCGCUCUUUACAAUGACGUGUUCAAGGGUAAAGUGGGCUUCUUAGAUUGUUCCAAGGCUCGUAUUGAGCCGGACUCAUUGCUGCCCAAAGAUUACACUGGUCUUUCCAUCGAAUCAAAGAUGGUUGAUUUUGCUGUAUAUCUUGACCCGGACGAUACUACGCACGAUGCUCUCCGUCAACUCGCUGCUCGAGAUCCCUUUACCACGGCGUCAUGGAAUCACACCUGUUACCCGCCAUUGCAAAAGCGUCCCCUCGCGAUGAGCAUUGAAACAAAGUUAACAGGAAGGGACUGGGAUACGGCCAAGAUACAGAUGAGCAUCUGGGUGACUGCUCAGCUGAACAAACUGGAACAAUUAGUGGCGCAGGAUGGUGGAGGGUUACCAGGACUGCCAUUCCUCCCUGUCAUUGUGACUCAAGGGCAUGAAUGGUAUUUCUUGGCUGCCACUAGAAGUAAAAGGGAAACGUUGCGAGCUGAGCGGGAAGCUUGGUCCACCUACUGGUCCAAGCUUCUGGCCCGGAAAAACUCGCCGGGCUGGCUGUACGCGCAUGUCCCGACAGGACCCUCCGUAAGCAAUAUAGCGCUCGUCUACGAGCAUAACGUUCUUUAA